AAAUGCCUAAGCCAGGUUAUCACGUAGUGGCGACGUUGUAACUUUCCUUCUCUCUCAGAAUGCUCUUUCCCCACUGCCCUUCCCCUGAGCCUCACUAAUAUUGCACCUUACUGGCCAACACACGUUUCUUCCUCGGCACUGAAAUUGAGUUACUUAACUCCCUGUCUUCCAAAGCGAAUUACUUCCCUGCCUUCUCUUCGCUGUUUCCCGUUCCUCCUCGAAGCGGGACCGAUGGAGGUGUUCUUUUGCUCCUUGCCCAACACCUGUAAAUUACUGCUCCUGUCUGGCAUCGCGCUGAACUUUGUGUUUGUAUGAAAAUCAGAUGAUUUUGGGCCGCCGAUUUUGAAUAAAGACCGAAUCAGAGAGGCAUUGCAAAAGCGUAUUGCUCUGUGGAACUUAGACAAAAAGAAAUAAAAUCUGAAGAAAACACAAAAUCCUGGAGAAAGUGAGAUCAUGAAAACAUGCAGAAGGAAAAUUCAAGGCAAAACCCGCCCUGCAAGGACCAGUGUCUGAACCCAUGAGCUCAUAGAGCCAGGCCUGUUCGGGGACAAGCACCCAGCAUCCCAGCCCCACUGAGCAUGCACGAGAGAGAGGAUGAUGAUGAGGAAGCCUGGCUGCAGCUUCGCCCCGUGGAGCCCCUGCCUUCCCAGUGCUGUGGCAGUGGCUGCUCCCCCUGCGUGUUUGACCUCUAUCACCGAGACCUGGCAAGAUGGGAGGCUGCCCGAGCCAGCAAGGACAGGCACCUGCUGAGUGAGGAGGAGGAGUCACUGAGCUGCUUCUCCGAGCUGAAACCAGAGACCUUCCUGGCCUUCCGCAUCAGCACAGUGGACAAGCUCACUAAGGACACCUACCGAGUCCGGUUUGCACUACCGGGGAAUAGCCGGCUUGGCCUGCGGCCUGGCCAGCACUUAAUUCUACGAGGGACAGUAGAUGACUUAGAAAUUCAGAGGGCCUACACACCCAUCAGCCCUGCCAGUGCAGAAGGAUACUUUGAAGUUCUCAUCAAGGUGAGCCGACUCACGCCGAUCCUUUCAGAUACGUGCUACCAGACUGGACUGAUGUCCCGGUAUGUUGAGUCCUGGAAGGCAGGAGAAACAGCCUUCUGGAGAGGACCCUUCGGUGACUUCAUCUAUAAACCAAACCAGCACGGCGAGCUCCUCAUGCUGGCAGCGGGCACUGGCCUGGCCCCCAUGGUGUCUGUCCUGCAGAGCAUCACCGACAACGAGGAGGACGAGACCUUCGUCACCCUGGUCAGCUGCUUUAAGACCUUUGAGGACAUCUACCUGAAGACCCUCCUCCAGGAGCAGGCCUGUUUCUGGAACAUCCGCACCUUCUUUGUACUCAGCCAGGAGAAGUCCCCAGAGCAGCUUCCCUGGAGCUACCGGGAGAAGACCCGCUUUGGCCGCCUCGGCCAGGGCCUGAUUGGAGAGCUGGUUGACUCCUGCCGGAGGAGGCCCUUUGCAUUGGUCUGUGGCUCUGCCGAGUUCACCAAAGACAUGGCCAGGUACCUGCUGUGUGCUGGCCUGACGGAGGACUCCUACUUCCUCUUCUAACUCUCCCCUCCCUCCCUGAACCCCAGCCAGGGCCCUGCUGUGAGGACACAGGAAGGGGCCCACACUGAAACCUGAAGGUGUGGAGCUCAGACCUCACCCUGCAGCUCACUCGCCAGGUGGCCUGGGGUAGAUCCCUUCACUGUGUGAUUGCAUGUCUCUGUGAGACCCUGUGCAGUCACUAUACCCUCAGACAGAUGCCUUGCUGUGUGGAAGGAGGAUGGGGCUGCAGGAACCCCAAAGGUUACCCAGAGAAAGACAGUCCUAGUUGAGCCACAGGUUAAGAAGGGCUGGAAGAGACCCCCAGGCUCUGAUUAAAGGGAGUGUGAGGGGCACCCGCUGGGCCCUGCCCUGUAAUACCUGUCUCAGAGUCUGCUCUCCCUAGGGAGCCUGUGUCCCUGUGGUGCUUCAGCACUGGCUUAGAUGAGGUGCUCGCCAAGGGUUUAGAGAAUGGUCACAGGGGAGGCUGAGAGAUCUUUGGAGGAGAAACUCCCUUCAGGUGCUGCAAGCCUGACUCAGAAAGGUCUAGUGUUCAUUUCAUAGCCUCUGUUCUUGUGGGGGCUGGGCUGCUUGUAUCUUGUCCUGGCCCCAGGCCUUUCCUGCUGCAGACGGCUUCAUCCUCAGUCUGCUUCCCCUGGCUAGGGCCCGGCCUAGAAUAUUUUCCCCAGCAAAGAAGGGAGGGAGGCACUUGCGCCUCCCACCUGCAGGCAGCCAGCUCAGCCGGGCGCCCUGGUGAUAGUUGCUAUGGAGAUCUAAAGAUAGAGCAGGAGUCAGGAGACCUGGGUCCUUCUCCUGCCCACUGAGCGCCUACAGAUUCUGACCCACCCACUGCUUCCCUCCCACCCGCCCCCUCCAUCCUUCAGAAGGCAAGCCCUCCCCAGGGAACCCAGUGCUCCUGGGCAGCACACUGCAGUUAAUGAAUUCUGCUUUUCACAGCCCAGACUCCAGCGCUGCACCGGCUCAGGCCGGCUGUAGGCAGCGGCAGAAUCAGAGUAUUAAGCCAGCAGGGCAUCUCAGAACCACAGAGCCCUGGGCCAGGGAGACAGCCUAGCACUAGAGCACUGGACCAGCAUCCCGCAUGCCCGAGCCUCCAGAGACCCCAGGUUAUGCCAGAGCUACCUAGUGCUCUGGCCUUUCCAUCUGUCUCUCUUCCCCCCUUCCAAUAAAUAAGUCUUUAAAAGAAGAAGAACCGGUGAGACAGAUUUCAUAGUCUAGAACCAUGACUCUUCUUGAGGCCCAGGAGGUGGCAUAGUGGCUAGAGGGUUGGACUCACAAACAUGAAGUCCCAAAUUCAAUCCUGGCAUUGCAUGUGGCAGAGUGGUACUCUGCUUCUCAGUCUCCCUUUCUCUCAAGAAAUAAAUUUUAAGAACAGAAAAAAAGGGGGGACCAUGGUCUUCAUCAUAGUAGAAAUUAGAAUCCAGGUCUUCAAAGGCAGCCUGACAGACUCUAUAGAUGAGGGAGUCAGGGCACAGUGGGGCUGAGGGAGCUUCCAGGGGAAAGCAGUUCACGCCAGGCCCAGUUCUAGUCACCAGCCCCCCCGUUGUUGACCAGAGUCCUGUACCAGUCAUUUUCCAGCUGGCCUCCACUGGACACAAGCUUGCUCCUAUGGCAGCAGUAACAGGCGGAAGAACAAGUGUCUAGCCCCACUUCAGCCAGAAUUAUUUUUGUGUCUUGCCACCAGGGCUGUCGCCGGGGCUCAGUGCCUUCACAAUGACACCACCAUUGCCAGGAGCCACAAUUUUUGUUUUUCUUUUCUGAUGAAGGGAGAGAGACAGACACCUGCAGCACUGCUCUACCACUCAUGAAGCCCCCACACACACACCUGCUGCAGGUUGGAACUGGAGACUUGAACCUGGAUGCUUGCACAUGGCAACAUGUGCACUCAACCCAGCUCACCCGCCACCAUCCAUCCCCAAGAGUGGUUCUUUUAGUCUCAUUUAUUUAUCAGGAAGUGGAGUCGUUUUCCUUUAUGUGGAAAGGGCUUGACUGCACUGCCCCCAAAGUUGCCGCAAAUCUGCCUGGUGUAUGUUCAAUAGUGGGGGUUGGUGCCAAAGGUUUCAAACCAAGUUUCAGAGAUAGAAAACUCCAUGGUCAGAACUCCAAGGUCAGGAAACACUGCUAAGAAUCAGAUGUACAUGAGCAGAUUAAGGGCUCUGUAGAGUCCAAGUUUAGUUAACCCAGAAUUUCCCAAGUUUAUAUAACUUGCAACAUUUUCCCCCUCACCAGGCUUAUUGCUGGAGCUUGGUGCUUGCAUGUUUCACCGUUCCCAGUGGCCUUUUUUUUUUUUUUUUUUGCCUCCAAGGUCAUUGCCAGGACUCGGUGCCUGCACUACAAAUCCACUGCUCCUGGAGGCUAUUUUUACCAUUUUGUUGCCCUUGUUGUUGUGCUUAUUGUAGUUGUUAUUGUUGUCAUAGCUGUAGUUGUUGUUGGAUAGGACAGAGAGAAAUGGAGAGAGGAGGAGAGAAAGAUAGACACUUGCAGACCUGCUUCACUGCUUGUGAAGCAACCUCCUGCAGGUGGGGAGCUGGGGGCUCGAAUCGGGAUCCUUAAGGCAGCCCUUGUGCUUUGUACCAUGUACGCUUAACCCGCUGCGCUACCACCCAGCUCCCGACCAUUUUUUAAAAUAGAGAAUGAAAGACAAGUAGGGGUAGCAAGGAAGAGAGAGCCAGAGAGAAGGGGAGGAGACACCGCAGCACUGCUCCACUACUUGCGGACCACCCCCUCACCCCCAGCAAGUGGGGACCGGGGACUUGAGUCCAGGUGUUUGUGCAUGGCAAUGUGUGUGCUGUCCUGGUUGCACCACUACCUGGCCUCAAGAACAUUUCUCGAAUCUUUUGAGACCACAGGUUCAGGAACUAUACUUUUGGAAAUGCUGCUGUGUUGCAAAACCUCUUUCCAGCAUUGUGUAAUGAAUAGGAAGGCCCAGCGUCUUCCCCGGGGAGCCUUGCCUGCCUGCCUCCGGUCCUCCAAGCUAAAUUAGUGAGCAGGUUCCUGUGCAUUCUUCUGUGGCUGACCAUCUGUCUUGUUUACACAGGAGCAUAUCAAGGGCUAGUGGGGGUGAGACCCCCUUCAUUGUCUGGGGUCAGAAGUCAGGGGCUGAUCAUGAGCUGUGAUCUCUUACAGCCUUGCCUGUGCCUUGGGCAAGACCCUCUUCCUCCCCACCAGUUGGUGCAUCCUGUUGUGUUAUUCCUAAACACUCCUGGAAGGCCUGUUGUGAGCUAGAUUCCCUUCUGGGCAUUAAGGAAACCACACUGCACAAGACCGAUGCAGUCCAGCGAGCUCCAUGGGGAAAUUAACCUUGUAGUUUUUUUUUUUUUCUUCUUCCCAGUUUUAAUUUAUUAAUGGUGGAGAGGGAAACCAGAGCAUAUGGCACAGGCACUGCCAGGGAUAAGCACAGGACCCCAUGCUUGCAAAUCCAGCACUCUAGUCAGCUCACAACCCCCUGGGCUACAGCUUUGUAGUUCAUAAAGGGAUGGCAUUCUAGAAAGGUAAGUACAGGAUGCUGGGAGGAUGGGUGGCAAGGUCUGUUGGCCUCACCUAGAAAGGGCCAGGGACCUGCCCUCCGCCAAGCAGAGGACUUCAGAGGCCACCCUCUUACUCACAGGGGAGGCGGGGAGUUCCCACCGAAGGGGCAGUUCUUGUCUGUCUUUGUCCAUUUCAGAUAUUUGAUAUAGUGAUAUUAGACCACAUCUUGUUGGGCUGAGAAAACAGCAUAAUGGUUAGGCAAAAGACUUUCAUGCCUGAGGCUCUUUAGUCCCAGGUUCAAUCCCCAACACCACCAUAAGGCAAAGUUAAACAGUGCUCUGGUAGGAAAAAAAAAAAAAAAAGCACCAUCCAGAGGUAAGAGGUAACCAACAGUGUUGGUAUGCUUCUAAUUCUGCUUCUAAAAACCCCUUCUGUUUCAUUGGUUUAAUCCCCCCUGCUUAACACUGUAUUCUAUUUACAUAACCACUGUUAACUAAGCACCGCCCUGCCUGCAGGGCAUUGGUUUAAUCUCCACUGGUUCAUGAUGUCUUUUUGCUCCGCUCCCUCUCGUAGUACACCCUGAUUUGCACCAGUCACUUUUUGCUCCACC